AUGGGCAUUGCUCAGCUACCAGUCAACACUGAAGGUGAAGUGCCGUGGUCAGCUGCACCUUCAGCCCUUCUUGAUGUUUCUAAUCCGAAAAGGCCUGCUUUACCUUUGAUCUCUACAUCCAAAACCUUCUCUCAGGAGUGUUCAGACAGGGAUCACUGUCGACGAGAUGAUGCCGAAAACAUUUUCUACCAAAAGUUAUCUUGUAGAAGUUUUUUUGCUGCCAAGGAAGAAGAACAAUCAAUCCCUUACACACCAAGGAAGGGUCAAACUUGUAAGAAGAUUCCUGUUACAGUAAUCACUUCCGUCAAGCAUACCAGGGAUUCAAAUGGAAGAAAGAUGAUCAAUGAGUACGUAAAAGAGAGGAAGAUCAGCCAAGGAAGCUAUGGUAAAGUGAUACUUUAUCGAAACAGUAACAAUGGAACCCCAUAUGCUAUUAAGGUUGUUUGCAAGUCUCGUUUGCGCAAGUUGCGCGUCACGCAAUCAGAAACAGCUAUGAUUGAUGUUCUCAGAGAAGUUUCCAUAUUGAAAACUUUGGAACAUCCAAACAUAAUCAACCUAGUGGAGGUGAUCGAUGACCGAAAAUCAGAUUAUCUGUAUAUGGUUCUUGAAUAUGUGGAAGGCAGUUCUAUCAGCAAAAUUUCAGAGACGAGAGGACGGAUUGAUGAAACAACUGCAAGAAGAUAUUUCAAGGAUCUAAUUGCUGGUAUCAUUUAUUUGCAUCACCAUCAGAACAUUGUGCAUGGUGAUAUUAAGCCAGAAAAUCUUUUGGUCACUACAAGUGGAAGGGUGAAGAUAGUUGAUUUCAGCUUUGGCCAUGCCUUUGAGGAUGACAAUGAUGAGUUAUCUAGAUCUCCUGGAACUCUACCUUUCACUGCACCAGAGUGUUGUUUAGAUACAGUUUACCAUGGAAAAGCUGCUGAAACAUGGGCUGUGGGUGCUACCUUAUAUUUUAUUGUGCUUGGCUGCUGCCCUUUUCUUGCUGACAGUGUACCUGAAACUUAUGACAAGAUCGUUAAUAGUCCUUUAUCACUCCCGGAAGAAUUAAAUCCUGAGCUCAAAGAUCUCCUCCAAGGCCUUCUCUGUAAAGAUCCAAUGCAAAGAAUUACCUUGAACAUUGCGGCUGAGCAUCCAUGGGUGGUCAAAGAGGGAGGUCCAGUCCCUGUAAACAGCUUAUGCUGCUGCAGCAAGAAUAGACUACUGCUGCCUAAUGGUAUGUCAGAAAGAGCAUCCAAGAAAGCUCGAAUGCUAAGAGAACGAGCAGGCUUGAAGCUGAAUGAUCUUGUUUUGUUCUUGGAGAAGACUCUGCUGAUACUCCUCGAUCCUAUGUGUGAUCAAUCUGAAUAUGACAAUGAUGUUUAUGGAUGUAAGGAUGCUGGUUAUAUAGAGAAGAACAUGAAGGCCGGUUGCUUUGCUAGAGAAGCCACAUUUGACUUGUGGUUGAAGCUAUAG